AUGUCGCUCGAUUCUUCUAUCUCUGCUGUUUCAAUGUCCAAUGAACAACUCCAGAUUGUAUCAAAUGCUACCAAUCAAGAUCACUUCUUUGAAGGUGCAGAAAAGCUAUUAGAGAUCUGGUUUGAUUUGGAACAAGAGGGUGCAACAUCGUUGCGCAAUAUUCCAUAUGAUGAAUUGGUUGGCAUGUUGGAUAUUGCACAGUGUCAUAUUUUGCAUUGCAUUAGUAAUGAUCACAUCGACAGUUAUGUGUUGAGUGAAAGUAGUAUGUUCAUAUCGGAUGCACGAAUUAUUCUGAAAACAUGUGGGACGACACGUUUACUUCAUGCUGUUGGCCCAUUAUUGAAACUUGCACAUCGUUAUUGCAAUAUGGAUAACGUUAUCAAUGUGUUUUAUUCACGUAAAAACUUCAUGCGACCAGAUGUGCAACCAUUCCCACAUAAUUCAUUCGAUGGUGAGAUUGAAUAUCUCGAUAAUUAUUUUCAAGAUGGAGCAGCAUAUUGCAUGGGUUCAUUGAAACAAGAUCGUUGGUUCCUGUAUACGAUGAAUGUCCCUCAAGCACCAUUACCAUACACAGAUCAUACUCUUGAAAUUAUGAUGAGUGAUAUGCCGAACGAAGUGAUGGCAGUGUUCAGUAAGAGUGCUUGUAAGGAUGCUAAAGAAUGCACUAAGAAAUCAGGUAUUGACAGAGUGGUACCGUUCGGCACAGUUAUUCAUGAAGAACUAUUCGAUCCGUGUGGCUACAGUAUGAACGGCUUAGUAUCACAAACAGAUCAAUACGUAACAAUUCAUGUAACACCUGAACCUGAUUUUUCAUACGUCAGUUUUGAAACAAAUCAAAAUUCAAUGUGUUUGCAUAAGCAGACACUUCGUGUAAUCGACAUUUUCAAACCGAGCAAAUUUCUCAUAACCGUUUUUACGAACGAGAUUUCGAGCAAGGGAAAAGAUAUUCAACAGAAUCUUUGGGAACGUGAUAUCGUAGGUUAUAGGAGAGUGAAUGUGCAGUACUUGAGACUUCAGAAUGAAACAUUGGUCUAUGCACAAUACAUGAAACGUAAGGGAACUGGCAUCAAAAACGUUCCGCUGAAAAGAGCGAUCACAAAGGAUGAUGAUGAUGGACAUAGUGACUAG